AUGAGUGACUCGGACGCUAGUUCCGAUGACGAGCGCCCAACGAACUUGGCCUCGUCUGGGUCUGAUUCUGAGCCGGAGCCAACUAGAAAAAGAGCGAUCGAGGACUCCGACGAUGAUGACGAGGACAAGGCUGAGGAAGAAGAAGAAGAGGAGGAAGAGAUCGAAGAGCCGAGGCCGAAGAAAAAGCGAAAGAAGCGACGAGACAGAGUGAGGGAAUUUUUCGACGACGGCGCAGACGUCGCCUCGUCUGACGAAGAUAGCGAGGGAGACGGAUAUGGCUUCGAAACGGAACAAAAAGAAGCGGAAAAUCUUGAGGAAGAGAUUUACAAAAACUCCCGUCUCAAUCAACAACGAUACGAGGAUGUUGACGAAGCUGAGAUUUUGGCGCGGCUCGAGGAGCGCUACGCCGCUCCAGCUGGAACCGCUGAUCGUCGACAGGAGUACGACAGUUUCGUCGACAAUGAUAUCUCUGAGAACCAGCUUCUUCCUGACGUCCACGACCCCAACUUGUGGAUUGUCAAAUGCGUUAUUGGCACAGAAAGGGAGAAUGCGCUGAAGUUGAUGAAGAAGUUCAUCUUCCAACAGAGCAAGGAAUCCCCGUUGCAGAUCAAGUCCGUUGUCGUUCCUGAAUCGGCCAAGGGAUUCAUCUACAUCGAAGCAUUCAAGCGGACUCAUGUCAAACAAGCUGUGGAAGGCAUCAAUGCCUUGCGUCCUGGCGUCUAUGAGCAGCAAAUGGUUCCCAACACAGAAAUGAAGGAUGUCUUGCGAGUCAUCAAGACCCAAGCUGCUCUCAAGGAAGGCAUGUGGGUGAGAAUGAAACGAGGAAUCUACAAAGACGAUUUGGCGCAAGUAGAUUAUGUUGAGGAUUCGCAAAAUCAAGUUUGCGUCAAAAUGGUGCCUCGUAUCGACAUGCAAAAGUUCCGAGGCUUCCGAGCGAGUGAGAAUAAAUCGAGAAGUAGAGCGAACGCGAGGCCACCACAAAAGCUCUUCAAUGAGGAUAAUAUUCGAGCUAUCGGUGGAGAAUUCACUAACGAUGGUGACUUCCUCAUCUUCGAAGGAGCUCGAUACUCGCGAAAAGGUUAUCUGUACAAGACGCUCAAGAUGGACCUGAUUCAAAUCGAAGGAGUAAAGCCAACUUUGUCCGAGUUGGAAAAAUUCGAAGAUGAUCCCAACAGAGCCGAUGUCGAUUUUGAACCUAUGAGUAAUAAAUCAGGCCGUUCGCACAACUUUGCGCCGGGAGAUAUGGUCAUUGUUGCUGAAGGAGAACUGGCAUAUUUGGAGGGUAAAAUCAUCUCCAUUUCUGGCAACAAAAUCACGAUGAUGCCAAAGCACGAGGAUUUAAAAGAAGCGCUAGAGUUUCCAGCGAAUGAGCUGCGAAAAAAUUUCAAAGUUGGAGAUCAUGUCAAGGUCAUUACGGGAAGAUAUGAGGACGAAACUGGUCUGGUUGUUAGAGUUGAGGAUACUGUCGUUGUUGUCUUCAGUGACACGACAAUGCACGAGCUGAAAGUGCGCCCAGAAGAUCUUCAGGCAUGCACAGAGAAAUCCUCUGGCGUCGACAAGAUGGGAAAAUUCAAGCUCGGAGAUAUGGUGCAAAUUGACGCGCAAAAUGUUGGAGUCAUUGUCCGCCUUGAAAAGGAGGCGUUCCAAAUUCUUAACCAAAGAGGUAAAGUGGAGCGAUUCCGAUCGGCGACGAUUCAGAGACGGAGAGACUCGCACAAUGCGGUCGCACUCGAUGGCGAGCAAAAUCCAGUUAGGCGAAAUGAUAAGGUCAAGGUGAUUGAUGGGCCACAUAACGGGAAAGAAGGAGAAGUCAAGCAUUUGUACAGAGGCUUUUGCUUCAUCUACAAUCGAAAGCACAUUGAUUCUGGUGGUAUGUUUGUUGCGAGAGCUCGACAUCUUUCGCUGGCGGGUUCCAAUUCGGGCGCAAUCGCCUCUAAUCUCGUCCCCAUGUCGCCAAGAAUUGCUCAAUCCCCGCAGCGAAACGACGGGGGAGCAACUCCUGGUCGAGGCACUCCAGGAAAGCGCGGCGGUGCUGCUGCUUCUGCUCAGAGGUCGCAGCGUGACACGAAAAUGAUCGGUCAGACCAUUCGAAUCAUUAAAGGGCCAUACAAGGGUCACAUCGGUAUUGUCAGAGAUGCUACACCUAACGACUGCCAGAUUGAAUUGCACUCUGACUGCUUCAAGCAUAUCACAGUCAAAAAGACCAAUCUGACUCACGUGGAUUCACGCGGCAGAGGACCUGGAGGAAACUCGACUCCUUUCGGAAGAACACCUGCUCAUGGCUCGCACACUCCUGCCUAUCACAGUGGCGCAAGAACUCCAGCUUAUGGAUCUACAACACCGCGUGCUGAUGGUUCAAGAACUCCUUCUCAAUGGGACGGUGGGAGAACACCCCAGUACGAUGGCGGAAGAACUCCGCGUGGAGAAGAAAAUCCUUGGAAUUCCAAAGUUGCGAAUACACCGAGAGACGACAGCUUCGGAGACAGUUACGAUACUCCACAAACUCCUGGAACACCAUUCGAGAGUCGCCAAUCCGAUUAUGCUCCUUCACCACAGUAUGCUCCACAGACACCGAGCUACGACCAGAGCUCUACUCCUUACAGCAUAAAUCCAUCCCCAUCACCCGGUCCUUACUCGGACACUAUCACUCCUUCACCAGCUUAUGGAUCGUCUGGUCCUACACCUUCUCCAGGUUACAAACCAACACCAUCACCAGGUGGCUACGACGUCAGCCCGUCACCAAAUGCAUUCACGCCAAUGAAUUACUCGCCUUCAAUGUCGCCAAUGUUCGGCCAAGGCGACGGAAAUAUCAACAAUGUGGAUUGGCACUCGGAAGACAUUGAAGUAACCAUCAAGGACUCUCAUGAUGAUGCAGGUUAUCGUGGAAAGACUGGAAUCAUCAAAACUAUCAGUGGACAUGUUUCAUCCGUUUGGGUUCCAGAUCUUGACCAGACUGUAUCUGUUGGAAACGACAAUCUUUCGCCUGUGCAGCCACAAAAGAACCACAAGGUCAAGGUGUUGCACGGCGACGACCAAGGCCACACCGGAGAGCUCAUCUCUAUCGACGGCAAUGACGGUAUCGUUCGAAUGGAUGCCGAUCAGCAACUCAAGAUUCUCCAGCUCAAGUUCCUCGGCAAAAUUGGAACUGCUGGCUCUAGUUAA